CUCCUCGUCAUCGCACAGCUCAGAUGUUUUGGGCAGAGACAGACAUGAGCGCGCAGAGACUCGCUUCUUUCUUCUUGAUCCUGGGUUUGAUCUGGUCCACGAGCUGCGCGCCGCCGACCUGUUACUCGCGCGCUCUGGAGCUCAGCAAAGAAAUCAUGAGGGAUCUGGACAAAAUACAUAAAUCUGAUCGCACGAAAACAUGCGCCGAGUUUCUGCCGAAGAUGUUUCUGGACGUGCACAACUCCUGCAUCCGCUCGAAGCUGCGUGAUUUCUUGUAUGUGACGGAGAAUCUCCCGACUGAAUACUGCCGAGAGCGUCCUCUCAUCCGUCUCCUGAAGCGCCGCGUCCGGACCCUGUACUCCAUCAUCACUCGCGCCUGCUAUCGGGAUCUGGUGUUUUACACAGAUGACUGUGAGGCUCUGGAAACAGGAAACAUCAGUCCACGAUACUCAGAGGACCGGCUGGAACACGUGAUAGAGGACGCCUGAGAUAAACACAACUACAGCUCCAACAACCUCCCUAAUAUUACACCCAAACAUGUUAAACAAGCACACAUACAGCCAGAGAGUGUGUGUGUGUGUGUGUGUGUGUGAGUGAGUGUGUGUUCUGCUGAACAUGGUGUUUUUGAAAGAACUGGUUUUGGCUGGUAAUGCCCAGUUCUAGGUGAGGUUCUCUUUUAAAGAGAAUCUGUGUGUGUGUAUAUUUGUAUGUUUGCAUGUGUGUGUGUGUGUGUGUGUCCAUGUCCAUGCAUUCCACUAGUGAGGGAAAAACAUUCCACAGGAAAUUUGCUAAA